AUGGCUAUUAUUCGAGUCGCUAUUGUUGGCCUCUCUGCCAAUGCUAAGACAGCAUGGGCUGCUGUUGGCCAUCUACCCUAUCUAUUAUCUGCACGCGGUAGAAAGAAUUUCAAAAUCACUGCACUACUUAAUUCAAGCACAGAAGCCGCUCAAAAGGCUAUUGAAAAGUAUUUUCCCGACGACACAGGUAUCAAAGCCUAUGGAAAUCCAGAGGACCUAGCUGCCGAUCCAGAAGUUGAUCUCGUUGUGACUUCUACACGAGUAGACACACAUUACUCUGCCACCCUUCCAUCCAUUAAAGCAGGAAAAGUGCCAUACAUUGAAUGGCCACUUGCCCAAGAUGUCAAACAUGCCGAGGAGCUUCAAGACGCUGUUGGAGCCAACGGGAAAUCAAUUGUCGGUUUACAGGGCAGAUAUGUACCGCUGUUCGAAAAGGUCAAGGCGCUUAUUGAUGAGGGUAAGAUUGGCAAAGUCCUAAGCUCUGAACUGCGAGCCUUUGGAGGAACAGUGGAUCGCGAGACACUCACAAACAAAUUGGACUACUUCACUGAUAGAUCUAUCGGUGGUAACCCUAUUACCAUCGGCUUUGCACACUUGUUUGAUCAGGUACAGUCUGUCCUCGGCGACGUCAGCGAUAUUCGCUCAAUCGCGCAGAUUCAGCGCCCUGUUGUAAAGUUUAUCGACGAUAAAGGCGCUGUUGUUCGCUCCGAGCCGACCAACGUGCCUGAUCUGCUGCAUCUGUCAGGCCGGCUGGCCGAUAACGCCACAGCAGUGCCUGAUGCUACCGUGUCUGUCUACUUCCGUCGUGGCCAGCCGUUUAAGGGACAGGAUGCAUUUACCUGGAGUGUAAAUGGUGAAAAAGGUGAGAUCCGUCUCACUGCGCGCAAUACCACCUUCUUGGGCGGCCAGCAGGACCCUGGAGAGGUGCAUUUCCAGGUCCAUGACCACGUAACUGAUGAACUUGAGGACAUCACUGCUGAGUGGAGGGAUUGGCAAAAUGAAUACGACUAUGCGGCUGCCAAAGCGAUCGCGGAUGUGUAUGAGCGCUACUUGAACAAUGAGCCCGUCCCGACCUUUGCAGAGGCCGUUGAGCUUCAUCGCAAGCUUGAGCAGAUCCUGCAAUAG